UCGACAAAUACAUAAUAUUAUUUUCUUACAAACAACCGUUUUUGUAAGCGAAGAAGUCAUACGAUUUGACAGACCCUACGAAAUCAUGUUUUGACAUUUAUUGGAUUGUGUAAUCCCAAAUCUUAUUUUGAAAUUCUAGGUGAAUCUUAAAAACCUAUCAAACCAAAAAUGUUUGCCAGGCAUAGUAUGAGAAGAAGUAUAAUUGUAAUUGGAAGAUACUUUAGUGAAGGAACGGGUCAAAGUCAAGGUUCAAUAUCGUCUGCGGCAGUUCCUGGUUUGAGUAAUGCUGUAAUUCACAAUUCAUCUCAGCCUGUUGGCCCAGGAGUAGAUCCAAGUAAAAAUGGCCCAUAUAAGGUUCCAGAAUAUUUUCUCUAUGACAAUAUGAGUUACUUUGAAGCAGAGAAGGAGAUGGCUAAAUAUCGCUUGCCCCAGCCUUCAGCUCUUAAGAAGGAGUAAAUAUAAUAAUUCAAUAGUCUUAUGUCAGAUAAUAUUAUAUAUAAAUAAAUAUUAGCAGUAAAAUA